UCUCUGACGCCGCGCUUCUGCAUGAAAUACAUACACAAAAUACAUUUAAUCAGUUGUUUUUAACCAAAAUGACGGAGUUCAAUGCAAACACCGUACUAUGGAGCUUGGAUGAUUACAUUAAAGUACGAAAAGACGAAAUGCCCAUUUACUACAGAAAAGCCAAUAAACUGAAGACAAUGUCAAGCCGUACUCGACAAUCUGCGCAUUUGCAGUCGUACAAGGACGCCGAAUUAUCUCAGGACGAAGACGAUGAUAGUGAAUUCAACUUUCUUACGGCGGAGAAAAGUAUUGAUGUGGACGACGCCGCGCACGCAUCAAAUAUGAACCAGCUGAAUUUUGAGAAGAAUGAUUUCGAUCAGCUAAUGUACAAUGAUCGUGCGGAAGCUAAUCACGUGGAUGCGAGUACUGAACAAUUUGCAGCACCUAGUACGCCACCACGUCCGAGCAUUAAAUCGCGGCUUGGCAUAAGGGCCCCUGCAAGCGGGGGCAUUCGCGGACAGCAGCAGCCUCAGCAGAAAAACCAGGGUCCGAUUCAGAAGCGCGGCAAAGGUUAUCUUAACAAUAUCAACAAGCGCAACAACAGGUCUAAUUACAACCAAAACCAUGUGUCUGCUGGUUUUCAUCAUGGUCUAGACGUUUCGUUCCAACAGAAAGUGUCUUCUCAAUUAAAUGAACGUAAUGCAAACAUUGGUCAACUGCAGAACGUAUUAAACAGCGCAAAUGAUGACUUCCAAAACUAUAACUUGGGUCCCAAUGGAUCCACCUUCAAUGCCAACUCGAAUACUAAUAAUUUACCUUUUAACAGCAACAACUGCAUGAUGCUCUCGCAUCAUAUGAACACCUCAAAUUCGAACAGCUACGGCGGGAUGAAUAAUCAGAAUAAUCAAGGAUCUGGCAAUUUGAACAGCUACGGCAGGAUGCUCCAGAAUAAUCAAGGCCCCGGCAAUUCGAACAGCUUCGGCGGGAUGCUCCAGAAUAAUCAAGGCCCCGGCAAUUCGAACAGCUUAGGCGGGAUGCACCAGAAUAAUCAAGGCCCCGGCAAUUCGAACAGCUACGGCUGGCAGCUUCAGAAUAAUCAAGGCCCCGGCAAUUCGAACAGCUUCGGCGGGCAGCUUCAGAAUAAUCAAGGCCCCGGCAAUUCGAACAGCUACGGCGGGCAGCUUCAGAAUAAUCAAGGCCUCGGCAAUUCGAACAGCUACGGCUGGCAGCUUCAGAAUAAUCAAGGCCCCGGCAAUUCGAACAGCUUCGGCGGGCAGCUUCAGAAUAAUCAAGGAUCUGUCCAUUCCAACAGCAUCGGCGGUAUGCUCCACAAUAACCAAAGAUCCAUCAAUUCGAACAGCUUUUUUGGGUUGCUCUCGAAUAAUCAAGAAUCUGGCAAUUCACACAGCUUCGACGGGAUGCUCCAGAAUAAUCAAGGCACAGCCAAUUCGAGCAGCGUUAGUGGGAUGUUCUCGAAUAAUCCAAACAUCACUAGACCCAAUAUCGUUGCAAACAAUUGGAACAGCAGUGUCGAGAUGCGCUCCAAAAGUCCAAUCAAUAUCAAUUCACGUCAGAAUCGUUGGGAGUCAUCGGCCAAAGGACAGCUUGAAGCAUUAUUGGGUUCUCCAGCUCCUCCAAAGAGCGGUAUGUUUGUAGGUGAGGCGCUUGGUAUGAGUCUAAGCGAUUGCAAAACGGCCGAUAUUCGCAAAGUGACCCAGAACGUGUUGUUUUUGCUGGCUACUGGUGAAAAUGAUUCCCAAACCAAGCCAAACUACGGUGUGCAUAAUAAAAAUGUACCCAAGCAGCGCCAUUUGUGAAACUGGAUGCCAUUGAUGGUGUAUUAAACUAGCUGCAUCGCUGGAAUUAUUAUUAAGAAUAUAUCAUGACAAUAGGUUAAGUGUAGCCAAUUCAAACAUGGAAGAAUUAGCGGGCAGCCGGUAUUGCCGGACGUGUGUGAAUGCGCGUUGGUGUGGUGUAGGAUAAGAAGAAGAGAAGUGUAUAGUGGUGGCUGUAGUGUGAAUGCCACAUCAGAACACAAGAGUUGAGAUUUUUUUGUUAUAUACGUACUUUUGCUGAUAAGAACAUGCUGAGCUGCUUAUCAGCAAUGCACAACAAAAAGUACUCAUGGACAGCCGAGCCGAGAUGUGAGAAGAGAAGCGAAAGCGGACGAAAAUAGAAACAAACGGCGAUAAAUUUACAGCAAAAGGCGAAUGUUCAUACAGAAGCGAUUCGCCGAUGGAGGAACAGCAAAGCAGAACAGAGUAAAAUAAUAAUCAAUCAGUUAAUCUGCUAAAUAGUUAGAACGUGGAAGUGACAUAGCCGAAUCGAAUGGAAGUGGAUAGGAUAGACAGGCAGAUCGAGUGAUAUAUUCCCCUUUAUAUCGAGAGCCUCAAGUGAAUAAUUAUUUUGAUUUCUGGUCGAAUGCCGGCAUACGACCAUACGACAAUUAUCUGAACAAAGAAAAUUCAAUUAUUUUUAGUUUUGUAAGUGCAGAAAGAACAAGAAAUAAACGUAUAACAUUCAGAUAAAUGUUUGUUGUUCGUCAGUGCCCAGCAUGUUGAAGUCGAAGCAAUUCCUGCAGCGAUUUUCGAAAGAAUAUGGCAAGUUUACGCCCGCGAACUUCAAGCUUAAGCGGGCCCUGGUGGUGACCAAAAUGUCGCGCUAUGAAUUCGAGCAGCUACGCCAUCCGGGUCUGUCGAAGGAGCAGCUGGAGCAGAAGCUGCGCGACCGGGGCACCGAUGUGGAGAUGGUCCUCUAUCUGCACAAUCUCCACAAGGACUUUGAGCGACGCAUCGUGCAGAGCUUCCAGGAUGUCGGGUGUGAGGUGAAGCUGUCCAGCAGACUUGAAUUUAGAAGCUCAUUGAGCAAAGAUGUCAUGAGCUGGGCGGAUGUCAUCGUUCCUGUGGGCGGUGAUGGCACCUUUCUGUUGUCCGCCGGCCGCGCCAGUCCCCUCUUUGCGCUCAGCCAGCAGAAGACGCCAAUUGUGGGCUUCAACUCGGAUCCGCUUCACUCGGAGGGUCGACUCAUGCUGCCCAAGCACUACUCGGACAAUCCCGCCGAUGCAGUGGCACGCAUCAAGAGCGGGGACUUCAAGUGGAUGCAUCGUUCGAGAGUCCGCACCACGCUGCUGGGCAGCAAUGGCAAGAUUCCAGAGUCCACGGAUCUGUUCCGACACACAGAAGUCAAGAUGGAGCAGGUGACAACGGAUCCCGAGAUGCUGGACAAUCACAUGGCCAGCAAAUACAAGGCAAAGAUGAAGCGCAUCCUACCCUAUUUAGCUCUGAACGAGGUUUUCAUUGGCGAGCACAUCUCGUCCCGUGUGUCCCAUCUGCAGCUUGUGCUCGAUCAUCAGGAUGUGGUGAACAAAACCAAGUGCUCGGGACUGUGCGUUAGUACUGGCACUGGCUCUACUUCGUGGCACACCAGCAUCAAUCGCAUCACAAGCAGCGACGUAGACGAUUUGCUGCGAUCGCUGCCAAACAGCAACUUCGCCGAUGUACUCCGGCUAAGGGAGAAUGCUGAGGAGAUCGCCCAGCGAUACAACCAAGGUCUGCUGUUUGCACCAGACGAUCCGCGGCUCUGCUACUCGAUCAGGGAGCAGAUAUGUGUGGGCGUUUGGCCUUCGCCGAAGACAUUUAAGGAGCGUGAUUUCGUGCAGAAUGUGUUUGUCAAGUCGCACUGCAUCGAUGCCAAUCUGGUCAUAGAUGGUAGCAUAUCCUAUCCAUUCAACGAUGGCGCCAAGGCACUGCUUGAGGUCCAUCCCGAAGAUGCCCUCCUGACGAUCGCCCUAGACUGAUUACUGAUGCCUUAGCAUGUCUGAAAUUUUAAAAUUAUUUAAGGAUGCAUUUUGCAGACUACUUAGAAGUUUAAGCUCAAAAGUUAUUUUGUUAUUCUAUAAACAUUUAUUUAAAAAG